AUGGCCAUCGUUGAAGGGUGGUUACCACCCACCCGGGAGCACUACGACCUCAUCCUCAAAAUCUGGCAAAUCUCUUAUCCGAUUGUUGGCUCGAUCCAAUGGCUCACCAAAUGGUAUGGCAUGGGCAAGACAUCGGUGGCCAGCCGCCUGAACCUCCCAGGCCGCAUAGGCUGGUUGACCAUGGAGGCCCCAGGUUUCCUGACGUUGGCGUACCUCAUGAAGACCCUUCCUGAGCAGCACGGCAUCGAUGAUUUGCCUUGGCAGAACAAGGUGCUUGCGGGUUUGUUCGUAAUCCACUACUCUUACCGCGCCGUCAUGUUCCCCUAUCUCCAACCAUCCAUGUCACCACUUCACAUCGCGGUGUGGCUGCUUGGGGUCAGCUUCCAGAUCUUCAACGCCACCUGUCUAGGCUCCUGGCUUGCUGCCUAUGGCCCUACCACUGAGGAAGCAUGGGCAUCGCAGUCAUCCAUCCUUCAGUUCUCGGCUGGUAUCCUCAUCUUCUAUCUUGGACUGUCGGGCAACUUCUUUCACGACGAGGAACUCCGAGAGAUCCGCCGACGGGAGGCCCAACAGGCUCGGCGCGACCAGGGAAAGGUGAGCGUGGAGAAGCACUAUCAGAUCCCGCAGGCGGGUUUGUUUAGGUAUAUGCUGUACCCGCAUUACCUGUGCGAAUGGGUGGAGUGGGCUGGGUUCUGGAUGGCAGCCGGAUGGGGGUGCGCUCCAGCGAGGGCGUUCCUCAUCAACGAGAUAUUUGCCAUGUUGCCGCGGGCGGUGAGGGGGAAGCAUUGGUACUUGGAGAGGUUUGGGGAGGACAAGGUGGGAAAGAAGUGGGCAGUGAUUCCAGGGGUGUGGUGA